AUGUCUGAAACAGAACAGGAGUGGAAGCCCUCUGGCAAGGCUCGUCCUCAAUCGACCAUGGCACAGGCUUUCUCCAGCGCCUUGGAUAGCGCUUUCUCGCUGGACAGCGACGUGAACCAGCUCUCCCUGAAUAUUGAUCAGAAGAAACAACAAAUGAUCAUCCAAAGCCGUGAACUCGAGGCCUUACAGGAACGCAUCCGUGAAGCCGAAGAGCGACUCAAGCAGUCUCCAACGGACGAAAAACCCCCUACUCACGGCGGACAACGCCAGACAGCCGGUAAGGAUGAGUCGUCCUGA